AUGAGAACGCCGGUUCUGAUGCUUACGACGGAAGCGAGCAAUCGCCUAAACAUCUACUUCAGCGUUCGUGUGCGCACCGGAAAACGCCGUAUAUACACGCCUUUUGCGCGUGGUGGGGAAGGGACCCCGCGUGCGCACCAUACGGCGAGGCCGGGUUCACUUAUAAGUACCGCCCGAGCGGGGGGAAAACAAAUUGUGUCAUUUAAACAGUACCGCGCAAAGACCCCAUACACGCCUUUAUGCGCGUGGUGGAGGAACAAAAAAUCACGGCCGCGGUGUUCUCGCAGAGGACACCACCAUACACGCCUUUAUUGCGCGUCGUGCCAAUUCGGCGCUCGGACUAUUUCCAAUCGUCCUGCGACGAUCGCUGUAGAGGAAACAUCCAAAUCUGAGAAGGAACAGAUCCUCAGCCAUCCAGAUGACGAACCUUCAUAUGCUGACGAUGUGGCUGUGGAUGACGAUGGCAAUGCUUACGUUACUGAUACAAAAGCAAACAAGAUAUGGAAAGUUGGAUCGAAUGGUGAAUUGCUUUCAAUCAUAAGGAACAAUAUCUUUGUCCAAAAAAAAGAAUGGUACAGAAACUUUGUUGGGCUUAAUGGGAUUGUAUACCACCAAAAUGGCUAUCUUCUUGUCAUACACACAGCUGGUGGCUAUCUCUUCAAGGUUGAUAUCAAAACAGAGGAUGUAAGAGUUGUACAAGUUACAGGCUCCCUUCUUUUGGGAGAUGGCUUGGAGCUUCUGUCACCAACUAAGUUAGUAGUUGCAGGCACACCAUCUGCUAGAAUUCUGGAGAGCUUUGAUGAUUGGAAUACUGCAACUGUUACAGAAAGAUUUAUUGGACCUUUGCAUCGCAUCGCUACUUCGGCGACAGUGAAGGAAGGGAAGGUUUACCUUAAUCAUUUAUUGGGACUGGGCGUUACAAGGAGGACUCAUGUUAUUACUGCAGCUGAUUUCACUGCUUUGAAAGCUAAGUGAUCAUAAUUUGUAUGUGAUUUUGUUCUUGUAUGUGUGCUAUAUCUUAAUAUUUUCAUAUGGUUUUGGAAGUACAUCUGCAGUGGAUCUAUGUGAUUCUGAUUUUAUUUGGUAUUUCGCGUUUGUUCUUUUCCAAAUGUUGUAGAUUUUUUUUCCAAAUGUUAUGUUGUAGAUCAUAAUUCUACUUAGUGGGAUAAAGGCUUGUUGUUGUUGUUGUUGAAUUGUGAAGCUUUAUUGGAUGUAUUUGAUAUUUAAGCUUGUGGAGCAUAAUUGAUAUCUAUGAAAAAAAUUCUUACGCAAA